ACAGAGAAGUGUAUAAAAGAAAGUGGUUAAUACCUAAGCUGAGCCAGUCUCUCUUGGACCUACUUUCAUUGCGCAUCAUCAUUCCUCAUCUCUGCUUCCUUCCACAUCGGAGCUACAAGAACAAGAUAAAAAGAAUAUCUGCAAGCAAGAGUUUCGCUCGAUUUAGCAGCAACAUGCAAUUCAGCAUCGGAGCAGUGAUGCUGGCCGUGAUUCUCCUGGGCCACGGCUGUCUCGGACAACGGCAACAAGAGCAACUGGACGUGAUAGAACCGGAGCAGCAGACGCAAGAGCGGAGGCCGCACGUGGCCAUCCUGAAGCAAAUCAACCAAAUCAACAAAGACGGCUCGUACACCUACGGUUUCGAGGCGUCCGACGGCAGCUUUCGAGUGGAAACGCGCGAUGUGAACGGCCAUGUAAAAGGACGAUAUGGGUACAUUGAUGAGUUCGGCGAAGUCAAGGCUGUGGCGUACGAGUCAGGUAAGGCACAGGGUUUCGCACCAAGGGGUCAGCACUUGCCUGCACUUCCACGGCCGUCAAAAAGCGGAGGAAACAUCGGCGAAGACGACGAAUUCGGUACGGAUGAAGAUUGGAAUAGUGUCGAUGCCGAUCAAGACGGAAUUCCGGAUAAACCACGCCCGAAGGAAGAGAGGCCUGUCGUUACAACUAAACCCCCCCGUACGACCCCGCGGCCAACUCGUCCAGCAGCUGUUUUCACUGCCGCUGAAGACGCCCCACAACCGGUUCGUCCACUACCUCGGCCAACUUUGAUUCCCGUUGAAGACAUGCCUCAAUCAUUGCGUCCUUUCCAGCCGUUCCAGCAGCAGAGGCCGCAAUUUCAGCCCCAACAGUUUCAAUUGCAGCCGCAGCAAUUUCGUUUCCAGCCACAGCCUCAAGAUGUCCAGCAGUUUCGCGACGACCGUCAACAGCAACGGUUUAGUGAGCCCAUUUUUCCAUCCCAAUUCCGUUCAAUACCAGCCGGAUUUCCUCAGCAGCGCAGCUUCGAUUCCGUUCCUUUCUCAUUCCAGCCGCAGCAGCCCAGAGAAUAGCUCUCAAAAUAUAAUCAAAUUCCAGGAGGAUACAUCGUAUAAGUUUUCAUUUUUUUUUUUUAGCACCACUGCGUGAUCAGCAUUCACCUUAGUAUAUACCUUUUGAUUCCCCCCCAUGUCCGUGUCCCCCGAAAUUGCACCUCAAAUCCUUAUGGCCAGUAUCAGUAUUACGCAAUCAUUUAUCGUUCAUCGUUCUACAAGCAUUUGAAAUAUACAUUAUUCUUCAAAGUUAA